GGCAGCAGCAUGGAUGUGUCCGCGGUGCUGGCGGCGAUGCACGGCACGCAGGCGGCGCUGGCCGUCCUCAGCGCGCUUGCGCUCACCGCGCACCUAUUCCCGCCGCACGCGCAAGUCGCCGACAACGAGGAGUUUGACUUCAUCGUGGUGGGGGCGGGCAGCGCGGGUGCCGUUGUGGCGGAGCGGCUGUCGGAGCUGCCACACUACAACGUCCUCGUGAUAGAGGCCGGCGGGGACCCACCGAUAGAGUCCCUGACCCCGUCGCUAUACACGUACCUGGCGCGCACGGCCUACGACUGGAACCUGACGUCGGAGGAGGAGGGCAGCGCGCACUGCGCCGCCAGCGCGCACUUCCCGCUCACCAGCGGGCGCGUGCUGGGUGGCGGCAGCAGCCUCAACUACCUGUUCUACGUGCGUGGCGCGCCCGCCGACUACGACGCCUGGGCCGCCGCCGCCGGCGACCGCGCUUGGGCCUGGCCCGCACUGCUGCCCUACUUCCUGCGCAGCGAGAGCCUCCGCAGCGAGACAUUGCUGCGCUCUCCGGCCGCCCGCUACCACGGCACGGCCGGCUUCCACGGCGUCACGAGGGAGGCGCGGCCCGAAGCGGUCCGCUACCUGCGGGCGUUCGGCGAGCUGCACGACGUGCUGCCGGACAUCAACGGCGACCGCAGCCUGGGCUACACGCUGCAGCUGUACAGCAUCGCCGACGGCGUCCGGCAGACCACCGCCUACACGAACCUGGCGAGGUGCAAGGGCAGGACCAACCUGCACGUCCUCAAGCACACCGUCGUCACUGAGAUCCUGUUCGACGAGCUAAACAACGCCGUCGGAGUGAAGACCGUCGUGGGCGGCGACCGCGUCGUCACUCUCCGGGCGCGGCGGGAGGUCGUCGUGUCGGCCGGCGCCCUCAACACGCCCAAGCUCCUGAUGCUCUCCGGCGUCGGGCCCAGGGACCACCUGGAGUCCCUCAACAUUACGGUUCGGAGCGAUCUGCCCGUCGGGCACAAUUACAACGACCACAUUGUGACGUUUACUUCCGUCGAACUAGACGAUGACGAGGUGAAAGAUCGACCCGUCGAUCCUGCCACCCAACCGCUUCCUGCGUUUACUGGAUACGUGGCUCUUCACUCGGGCCAAACGUAUCCCGACUAUCAAGCUAUCAACUACAUCGUUCCGAAGAGGUCGCCGGCUCCCGCUCAGUUUUGUGCGUUCGCCUUAUCACAGGAUCCAAGUAUUUGCCAAAGUCUAUUGGAAGCCAGUCGAAAGACAACUUUACUAUCUGUUAUCGCCCUCCUGCAUCCGAAGUCCCGCGGCAGGGUGAGCCUGCGCAGCGCGGACUCCGCGGAUCCACCGCGCGUAUGCACGGGCACGUUCGCGCACGAAGACGACGCGGAGACGCUUGCGCGCGCGGCGCAGGACCACCUGCGCGUGCUGGAGACGGCGGAGUUCCGGCGGCUGAACGCGUCGUUGGUGGACCUGCGGCUGCGGGGCUGCGGCGCGGCGGACGCGCGCAGCCGCGAGUACUGGCGCUGCCACGUGCGGCGCGCGCGAUCCACCAUGUUCCACUACAGCGGCACGUGCGCGCUGGGCGCGGUGCUGGACGCGCGGCUGCGCGUGCGCGGCGUGGGGAGGCUGCGCGUGGCGGACGCCAGUGCCAUGCCCGCGCUGGUGGGCGGCAACAUCAACGCGCCCGUUAUCGCGCUCGCCGAGAAGGCCGCUGACAUCAUAAAGGAGGAUCACGCGGCCGUAUCGUCCGCGUUUGAUUUUUCUAGUAUUAAAAUGUUUGCUGCUCCGUUGUAUUAAA